GUCGUGGCUGCUGGUGUUACUGCUGCUGAGGUUCUUGGUGCUGUUGUCUUCUUCUUCUUCUUUUUCUUCGCCAUCAUCAUCAUCAUCAUCUCCCCGUGAUUCAUCUGUGGAAUUAUUACUAUUACAAUUAUUCUUCCAUGCUGGGUCUGAGAGGCAUGGGGCUGAGGGGGAGAACUGCUAGGACAGCCAGCAGCAGCAGCAGCAGCGGUGGUGGUGGUGGUGGUGACACCUGGCCCUGCGCUGGGCUCUGCCUGUGGAGGACACUUCUGCUGCUCGCUGGAAGCUGGACCGUGCACUCUCAAACAUCAGAGGAGCCCAAGUCUAUGUAUUUCUGGGAAACAGGGCCGUGGGGGAGGUGCAUGGGCAGCGAGUGUGGCCCCGGCGGCAGCCAGAGCCGGGCCGUGUGGUGCGCCCAUGUGGAGGGCUGGACCACGCUGCACACCAACUGCCUACAGCUGGCGCGGCCGCCUAACCAACAGAACUGCUUCCGCGUGUGCGACUGGCACAAGGACCUGUACGACUGGCAGCUGGGCCCCUGGAACCAGUGCGUGCCCGUGUCGCUGCGGACCGGUGCCGCACGGCCUUCUGUGUGCCUGGACGGCGAGGAGGGCAUCCAGACGCGGGAGGUGAGCUGCGUCCUCAAGGCCGGCACGGCGCUGGCCGACGACGCCAUCUGCGAGUACUUCGAGCCCAAGCCGCGGCUGGAGCAGGCCUGCAUCAUCCCCUGUCCACGCGACUGCGUGGUCUCCGAGUUCACGCCGUGGACGUCCUGCUCCAAGACCUGCGGCACGGGGCUGCAGAACCGCGUGCGCCAGGUCCUAGUGCCACCCAUGUUCAGCGGCGCCGCCUGCCCCAACCUCACCGACUUCCAGACAUGCAGGCCGGGCCCGUGCGAGGGCAGGGACAGUGUGUUCAGCCUCAGGAUGGGGGGCUGGAGCAACUGCUCCAUGCCCGUUACGAGAGCUACCAGGCAGGCCCGGCGCAGGAAAGGGGACAGGAAAGAACGGAAGGGUAUGAAGGACCCAGAGACUAGAGAGCUUAUCAAAAACAAAAGGAACAGAAACCGCAUGAACAGGCAGGAGAGUGACCUGUGGGAGAUCCAGGUGGGCUACCAAUCACGGCAGGUGACCUGCGUCCACAGGAACGGAAGUGGUGUUGGCCUGAGCUUGUGUCCGCACUGGUCCCUGCCCCCCACCUUCCAGAGCUGCCUCUUGCAGAAGGACUGCGUGGUGAGCGAGUGGUCCGAAUGGGGUGACUGCUCCAAGGCCUGCACCGACCCCGCCCUUCCCAAGGGCACCCGCUCGCGCUCCAGGCAGGUGCAGCAGUUCCCCGUGGCCGGAGGAGGCGAGUGCCCCACGCUGCUGGAGACGGACGCCUGCGAGCCCCAGGGAGACGACCUGGCCCCCUGCCCCUCUUACAGCUGGAGGACCACGGAGUGGAGCGAUUGCCGGGUGGAUGCCUUGCUCAGCCAGCAGGACCGUCGGCGUGGCAACCAGACGGGCCUGUGCGGGGGAGGGCUGCAGGUCAGGGAGGCCUUCUGUGUGCAGGCCAAUGCCGAGCUACUCUCCUACCUCAGCAACCUGAAGAACGGCGAAGACGGCCAACCACCCAACAACCAGAAACCCAGUGCCCCUCCGUUGCUCUCCAUCAGCUAUGAGAUCACAGCCUCGCAGCCGGUGGACAACGGUCUCUGCUCCGCUCCGGUGCCAAACACCACCCAGCUCUGCCACAUCCCCUGCCCCAUCGAGUGUGAAGUGUCCCCGUGGGGGGCCUGGGGUCCCUGCACCUUCGAGAACUGUAAUGACCAGCUGGGGAAGAAAGGUUUCAAGCUGCGUAAGCGUGUGAUCAGCAACUACCCGACGGGGGGCAUGGGCAGCUGCCCCCACCUGCUGGAGGCCAUCCCCUGCGAGGAGCCCAGCUGCUACAGCUGGAGGAUGCUCAAGCUGGAGGAGUGCAUCCCCGACGACAACAUGGACUGCGGCCCCGGCAACCAGAUACCGCAGAUACAGUGUCAGAACAGCGACGGUGAGCCAGUAGACCGGAGCCUCUGCAGCGAGGAGACUGUUCCUGGGCCUGUGGAGUGUGAGGUGCCCUGCCCCCGAGACUGCGCCCUCACCCCCUGGACAUCCUGGUCCUCCUGCUCCCAGACCUGCUCCAGCAAGACCACAGAGGGACGCCAGAUGAGGACACGCUCCAUACUGGCCUACAAUGCCGGAGAAGGGGGAGCCAUGUGCCCCAACAGCACCUACCUCCAGGAGGCGCGUACCUGUAACGAGCACCCGUGCCUGGUCUACCACUGGCAGACGGGGCCCUGGUCGCAGUGCACCGAGGAUCCAUCGGUGGCCAACGCGAACACCAACGCCAACGCCAAUGCCAGCCUCAGCACCAGCAAGUCCACCUGCUCCAUGGGGCUCCAGACCCGCAAGGUCAUCUGCGUCAAGGUCAACGUGGGACAGGUGCCUCCGAAAAAGUGUCCAGAGGGACCCCGGCCUGAGGCAGUGCGUCCGUGUCUGCUGCCCUGCAAGCGGGACUGUCUGGUGACUCCGUUCAGCGAGUGGUCUGCAUGCAUCCCCAACUGCGAACCAGGCAUGGUGAGUCAGAAGCCCAAGCAGUCACGCAGACGCAUCAUCAUCCAGCUACCAUCCAACGGGGGUCAGGAGUGUCCUGAAGUGCUCUACGAGGACAAAGAGUGUGAUGCGCCCGUCGUCUGCCCCGGCUUCAGAUGGAAGACCCACAAGUGGCGCCGAUGUCAGCUGGUGCCCUGGUCCAUUCGUCAGGAGAGCCCCGGAGCACAAGAGGCUUGUGGGUCGGGCCUACAGACCAGAGCGGUCUCCUGCCGGCAGCUGGACGGCUCCCUGGCGGACAUGGGCCACUGUCUGAGGCUUGCCAGCACCAUGCCCCCCAUCACCCAGCCUUGCCAGCUGCCCUGCCAGGACGACUGCCAGCUCACCCCCUGGUCCAAGUUCUCGCCCUGCGACUUCGACUGCGUGGGCGUGCGCACUCGCCGGAGGACGCUCGUGGGCAAAAGCAAGAAGAGGGACAAGUGCAAGAACAGCCAGCAGUUCCCGCUGAGCGAGACCCAGUACUGCCCGUGUGACAAGUACAACGCCCAGCCCGUAGGCAACUGGUCGGACUGCGUGCUGCCGGAGGUGCGCGAGUGCGGCCAGGGCUACCGCUACCAGGCCAUGGCCUGCUACGACCAGAACAACAGACUGGUGGAGACAUCACGCUGCAACAGCCACGGCUACAUCGAGGAGGCGUGCAUCAUCCCGUGUCCGUCCGACUGCAAGCUGAGCGAGUGGUCCAACUGGUCGCGCUGCAGCAAGUCAUGUGGCAGCGGGGUCAAAGUUCGCUCCAAGUGGCUGCGAGAGAAGCCCUACAACGGCGGAAGACCAUGCCCCAAACUGGACCACAUCAACCAGGUCAGUGUGUACGAGGUGGUGCCGUGCGUGAGCGACUGCAGCCAAUACAUCUGGGUGGCCGAGCCCUGGAGUGUUUGGAAGGUCAGCAACGUCGACCUGAAGGAGAACUGUGGAGAGGGGGUGCAGACACGCAAAGUCAGGUGCAUGCUGAACACGGUGGAUGGGCCGUCCGACCCGGUGGAGGACUACCUGUGCGAUCCGGAGGAGAUGCCCGUGGGCACACGCGAGGGACGGCUACCCUGCCCAGAGGACUGCGUACUGUCAGACUGGGCACCCUGGACCCCCUGCAACAUGCCGUGUGAUGGGCGUAUGGACCGUAUCCGGACGGCCUAUGCUAUCAGGCAGCCUGGCGGGGGGAAGGAGUGCCCUGACAGCCUGGAGACUCAGGUCUGCCUGCUCAACAAGAACUGCUUCCAUUACACCUACAACGUCACAGACUGGAGCACCUGCCAGCUGAGUUCCAACGCUGUGUGUGGAGUGGGCCUGAAGACCAGGAUGCUGGAUUGUGUUCGCAGCGAUGGCAAAUCUGUAGACCUGAAGAUCUGCGAAGAGCUGGGUCUGGAGAGGAAGUGGCAGAUGAACACUUCCUGCACUGUGGAGUGCCCUGUCAACUGCCAGCUCUCUGAUUGGUCCAGCUGGUCCGACUGCUCCCACAUCUGUGGACUGGAAGGGCGAAUGUGGCGGAGGCGUACGGUGGUGCGGGCAUCCCAGGGGGACGGGAGGCCGUGCCCGCCACAGAUGGAGCAGUGGAAGCCGUGCCCAGUCAGACCCUGCUACAGAUGGCAGUACAGCGCCUGGUCAGAGUGCCGCGUGGAGGAGGUGGUGUGUGGCGAGGGCCUGCGCUUCAGGAACAUGUCGUGUAUGGUGUCUGACGGCUCCCCGCAGCAGGAGGGCACCGUGGUGGAGGUGGAGGAGGAGCUAUGUGCUGCCCUGGAGCUGGCCGUGGACGGAGACCGCAAGAUCGUGCUGCAGGAGCCCUGCACUCUGCCCUGCCCUGGUGACUGCUACCUGAUGGAGUGGACGGACUGGAGCCCGUGCCAGAGCGUGUGUGUGAAGGGCCAGCGUCUGGACUUCCCCGCCGUGCAGGCCCGGUCCCGCGCCGUCAUCGCCCAGGAGCCGCAGAACCUGCAGCAGUGCCCCGACCAGGAGUGGGAGUACCAGAACUGUGACGAUGGAGAGUGUUUUGAGUAUAAAUGGGUGGGCGGUGCAGGAGUCAGUGAUCCGGACGUGGUGUGGUGCCAACGCUCAGACGGACUCAAUGUGACAGGAGGCUGUCCUCCACUGCCCCCACCUGGAUCCGACCAGCUCUGCAACCCGCCGUGCGACAAGCCAAAGUCCUUCUGCUCUGAGGCGGGCCUGUGCAUGUGCGAGGAGGGCUACACGGAGAUGCUGACGUCAGAGGGCCUGCUGGACCAGUGUGCCCUCAUCCCCGUGCUGGAGAUCCCCACGGCCAGCAACAAGGAUGCCGACCUGAAGACCAGCCUCAGCAGCAACCCCACACAGCCCACCACCGCCCAGCCAGGACGCAGCGGACGCACCUGGUACCUCCAGCCCUUUGGACCAGAUGGCAAAUUGAAGACGUGGGUGUACGGCGUUGCGGCCGGGGUCCUGGUGCUCCUCAUCUUCAUCUUCUCUAUGAUCUACCUAGCUUGUAAAAAGCCAAAGAAGCCCCAGAGAAGACAAAGCAACAACAACAGACUGAAGCCUUUAACUCUGGCCUAUGACGGAGACGCCGACAUGUAAAAUUCCAUGGACGGGCCGCCACCUGGCUUCGCUCAAACUCUAAUUAGCUAAU